AUGUCGUCAGUCAGCGGACGACUCAAACAGAGUCAGCAGCAUUGGCGGCCUUGCACCGUCGACUUUAUCGACCAGAGCCCAGAAUUGACGAAUCUAUGGGAGAAGGCAAACGAGACUCUGCGGAACGACCCCGAUACUGAAAAGAGGGAGCUGGCCCAACAGUAUGCCGAGAUUCUAGCCUUGGAACUUGCUGAGCCUGAGGCUGGGCCUAUGGACACUGAUCCGGCUCAUCUCAAACAAGAGAGAGUGGCAGAUCGUUUGAACGCUAGAGUAGAAAUGCUUAGCCGCGAGCAACUGUCCAUCUCUGUCGGAAGUCGUGAGCUUGAUAUUGAACCCUUGCUUCGAAACGUAUCGAAAAACGUCGUUGCAGCGAGGGACCUCAUCAGCAGUGCUGCUGGCGCCGACCCCCACGCCGCCCUAGCAUGUGCCGGUGGACUCGUCAUUCUCACCGUCAGUAAUGGGGAUGAAAUAUUGGCAUGA